AUGGGUCCCUUCUCUAGUAACAACUCCACUGAACUCUCUUCUCAUGCUAUCCAUGUCUCUGAAUCAAUUGCAAAUAGAACCAUCGUCGUCGAAAAUCUUAUCGAUAUCGCAACAGGACUAAUUGACUCUUGCUGGCCAAACCAAUCCAUAUCGUCUAAAACGAAACUGGUGCCACUUCGACGAUUCCUUCAGGAAAUCCUUCGACGAUCUCGAACAUCAUUCUCCACUCUUCAAUUAGCCCUCUUAUAUCUAGUCCGUCUUCGUAAUGUAUUAAAGUCAUCGUCACAAACAGCACAAACUCAAUCACCACCACCAUCAUCAUCGACUGCAACCACCACCACCAAUGUACAUUCUGAAAUUGCAUCGGCUCUUACCGGGUCACAGGACAAGGCACCAUCUCCAUCCAUCUGUGGACGACGCAUGUUUUUCUCGGCCUUGGUAGUAGCUGCCAAAUAUCUCCAAGAUCGAAACUACUCCAAUAAGGCAUGGUCCAAAAUCGCUGGUCUAUCUAUAGCAGAAGUCAAUACCAAUGAGCGGGAAUUCCUAACUGCUAUCGAUUAUAAUCUCUAUGUAUCGCACCAUACCUUUGCUACUUGGUCAUCAGCUCUGAUGGUCAAGGCCACUGGUAGUAUCAAGAAUAGUGGCAACAUAGUAGAAAGUCGAGAACAGGUCUUUCAAGCACCAGUAUCUAGUAGCCAUAGUAGUAUUAACAGCACCAGCAGCACUAGUAAUGGUCCAACGUUUACCAUGAUGACCAUAAACACGUCACAUACGGCCACGCCAUCAUACUUGCCAUCACCCAAAGAGCCAUCUGAUACCAACACAACAACCAUGUCAUCAAGUCCCAUCACUGAUGAACUGUAUAGCAUAGCAUUCACAUCGCCGGAAUCUCCGUCAGCUUCUAGCAUCGAAUCAUCAUCACCAACCCAACAAAGUAACAAACGAAGAUUCGAUGACGAUAGUAGAGACACCGUAUCACCAUCAUCAUACGUAUCCAUGAUGUCCAUUCAACCACCUACAUGUCGGGAUUUGCAACUGCUUGAUACCCGUAGGAGUAAGAGGAUGAGACUUGAGGUCUCAGUAGUAUAG